AAAUUCAAAAUUAAUCACAACCAAUUUUUGGCAUAUAUUUUUUUUAGAAAUAAAAAAUAAUAAUAACAAAACCAAAUAAAUGUGUAAAUAUUGCUUAAAGAACGAAUAUAAUAGUUGUUCAUACAAGUGGCAAAAAAUCCCAUUUGCAUCUUGGAAUUUACCUAUAGGACAGCAUGAUAACAUAUGUAACAUCCAUGAAGAUACAAGAAAACAGGAACAAAACACUUCAAAAGAUCAAUUCAAGGAAAAUUCUAGAAUUGAAAGAUGUGCAGAUACUAUUGAGGAUCUAUUUGAAAAGGCUAGAGCUGGAUAUUUAGGAGAAUAUUUAACAAGAGAACUUAUUACUAAAAGAAGUUUUCACUCAAGUCAAAUAACGAAAAUGCCUACAAUGGAAACGAUUAAAAUCCCUUAUAAGAAAACAGAUAAAAAUCGCCGAAAAAAUCGGAAAAGUUUGAGAACAGUUUUUAAAGAUUUUUCAAUUUUUUAUAAUAAUAUUGUGGAAAAGCAAGGAGGUACUAAGUAGCGUUCAAUCGCAAUAUUUUGUUCAUUAUCACCAACCUUUCGAUCCUAAAAAACCGGAAACAUAUAAUGAUAAUCACUACUAAUUUAACCCCUAAUUCAUCGAAUAGAUUUCAAAAUAAAGGAAAUGUAAAAUCUAAAGAUCUCAAAAAAUGAAAAUCCUAAAAAUUGGAAUAAUACUACUAGGAAAUCGAGAAUGUCUCGAAAUAUUUCAGAAGUUAAGAAGUAAAUUUUCCUAAAUAAAAUAAAAAUCUAUUCAAAAC